GUUCAGCUGUCCACGACGACACAUUGCAGUUGAAGAACUUCAGCUGCAUAUGUUGUUGAUCCCACCUACUUUUUUCAUUAAUUAAAGGCAACGAAAAUGUUGCCUCUUCAUGCACAUGACAAAGAAUACCGUCCAGGAUGGAAGAUAAAGGAGAAGAUCGGGGGAUGGUUGAGAUUAAUCCUUUCCGACCAGACCUCAAGGAAUCUGUUCAUGUUCCUCUUGUUGAAUCUCUCCUUUGCCUUUGUUGAGUUAUUAUAUGGAGUGUGGACCAACAGCCUUGGUUUAAUAUCAGAUUCAUUCCACAUGUUCUUUGACUGUACGGCACUGUUAGCAGGAUUGGCUGCAUCUGUGAUAUCCAAGUGGAGGGCCAAUGAUAAAUUUUCAUACGGUUAUGUGAGAGCAGAAGUGAUGGCCGGAUUUGUAAAUGGGCUGUUUCUACUAUUUAUAGCAUUCUUUAUAUUCUCAGAAGCUGUUGAGAGGGCAUUUGAACCGCCACACGUUCACCAUGACAGGCUUCUCCUCAUCUCGGUGCUAGGUUUCAUUGUCAAUAUCAUAGGCAUCUUUGCUUUUCAACAUGGUGGACAUGGUCAUUCUCAUGGAGGUGGAGACAGUCAUGGGCAUUCUCACAGCUUGUUUGGUUCUAGCAGCUCAGAUACAGGACAUGGCCACAGUCACAACAAUGAAAGUCAUGGUCAUGGUCACAGUCAUGGUCAUGGUCAUGGGCACAGUCAUGGUCAUGGACAUUCACACGGAUUAGGAAAUGAUCAAGACUGUCAUGAUAGCCAUGCAGUGGCUAAACCCAAUGCUUCACAGAAACAGAUCAUGCAAGGUGUAUUUCUUCAUAUACUGGCAGACACCCUGGGAAGUAUAGGGGUCAUCAUUUCUUCCCUAUUAAUAGAACACUUUGGGUGGAUGAUUGCUGACCCUAUAUGCUCUAUAUUUAUAGCUGUUUUAAUCUCAGUCAGUGUCUUGCCAUUGCUUAGGGACUCUGUAGGUAUAUUAAUGCAGAGGACUCCAAGAGAAAUAGAAAAUGAACUACCAGGAUGCUUUCAUAGAGUGAGUCAGCUGGAGGGAGUAUACAGUUUACAAGAACCCCACUUCUGGACACUAUGUACUGAUGUAUAUAUAGGAACAGUCAAAGUGGAGUGUGCUCUUAAUGCUGAUAUAAAAUAUAUCCUGAGUUCGACACAUAAUAUUUUCACCCAGAUUGGUGUUCGACAACUAUAUGUGCAAAUAGAUUAUGCUCCAAUGUGAGCUGCAUCAUAAUGUGCCAAUACCAGAAACCACACAGCUUAGGCUUAGGUGACACAGUAUAAUGAGACAGUCAGAGGAAUGGGCAUUGGAGUUCAAGAUUGCUACUGGACAGUUUGCCCUGGUUUAUUGUAUUGUUAGGCAAAUUACAAUGCAAAAAGAUCCAAGUAAUGUGCCAGAACAAUACGUAUGUGGGUAAAAAAAAUAUCUGUGACACCUAAAUAGUAAAAUUAAGGCAGGCACAGACAUACUGUUAAUAAACAUCAGUGGGUGCUUCAUUGUGUGCCAAUGCUUCUUGUCAGAGACUGGAUUCACACUAUGUUGUGGAUCUAUGCUUAAAUGGGAUAGUGCCAGCAAUGCCAUAUGUUUACCAAGAGACAGUACCCAUUAGCUGUUUUUAAGCCUCUUCGAUGAACUCUAUUUUUCAAUGCAGAGCAGCUUUAUGUCAUUUGGAUGCCAUGUCAUGUUUUGUCAAGCAUUAUUAUGUUGUUCUUCAUAUUUUUGACUGUGUUGCCAAUCACAGAGAAAACUGUAGUAACAUUAAGGCACCUUUGCUGCUACUGACACGAUUGGCCACAGUAUUUUUGGGACAAAAUGGAUAGCAUUCAGCUUCUGCAGUCUCUUUAACCUUACUCUCCUGGUAAAUUAAAUGGUAGAUUUACAAAAUCUUUUUGGAGGAGUGUCAGAGUAGAACUAUGUAGCUUGAGAAGCUUAAUAAAUAGCACAAACCAAAUAUGUGGAACUUUUUAAUGGGAUUUAUGUUCUGCUGUUUCAGGACAUUAGGUCAUUAAGUAUAGCAUUAUCAAGUUCUAUAUAUAUCAUUAUGUAAUGCCACUGCCUUGAACAGGUGUCACAACCUUGGCUUAUAGGCACUGAGAUACUCUCCCCAUGCAAGGUCUUGCUGAGAUUGUAUAUGUAUACGUAUAUAUGGGUACAGCUGCUUGAAAAGUAUUUGCAUUUCAAAUUGUAUCAUAAGUAUUUAUAGACUGGACAGCAAACCUAAAGUAUUUUUCUAGUCCAAAAUAAAGGUGCUUCAGUGAAUAAUGGAUUAUUAGGUAGAGUGAAAUAAGCACAUUGUUUAGUUAAACUAUAAUAAGUUUUUUUAGCUCUUAGGUCCAGUGUACCAAAUAGCUUGCAGAUUAUUGUAUAGUUCAUGUCAUCCUGAUGAACAUACAUUGGCUGAAUUUUUAUUUAUUCCUUUUGAUUUAUCCCUUAAUGACAAUGCUUAGCACACCAUACACUGUUCCUUGAUACAUAUUUUGUGGGAACAGUCACUGGUUUGAGUUUUAAAUUAAGUGCAAUUUUUGUUACUUUUUUCUGUGUGGAAUAUAUUAUGAUUAGUUAUUAUUUGGAUGUGAUAAUUAGAAUUUAGGUACUUCUAAGUGGUGAGGGGCACAAUAUAUGGUGGGGUAAUUUGAUCUCCUAGAUCUAGGUGCACUUCUUUUUUUUCUAUUUUUUUUUUAUUAUGCAUUGAUGAGAAAAUCACAGCAAGCUAUAUUUUAUUAGACUUUGUGCAAACCUACCUGUUUAGGUAUUUCAAAACAUCUAGCAACAAUCUUUCAAGACCAACUUUGAAAAAUGAAUAAAAUGGUUACUAUAUAUUUCACAUUUCAUGACUCACAUUUGGUAGUUUACUGUAAGACAAAAUGUAUAUUUUUUGAAUGAAAAUUCUCAGUACUUUGAAGCAUUUUAAAAAUCAAGUGCUUUUAUAUGUUGCUGAAGAAUCUAUUCCAGCAACAACAACGUAUUGAGGUCGUCAUUUUAGGUUAUUUUAGAAUAAUAUGUUUGGAAAAUUCAAGUUCCUGUAAUUCAUUAUUGUUUGCAUGUAUCAUUUUGUAAUACUGUCCAGCUGUAUUUGUAAGGUGCUUCAAAAGCAUUUAUAUCUGUUUGCACUCGUUGGAUGUGCCUGUUAAUGUAUAACAAUAGUUUUAUUUUGGACUUACACAGAAGCUAUUAUUAUUGUUCAAUUAGAAAAAAAUAAUGCCACAGUAUUUGAAGGUAAAAAUAAACAUGCAUAAACUGA